GUCGACUGGGCGGAGCUUCACGCUAAAGCCCCAGAGCCCGACGCUGCAGCCGCGGUAGCUGAGAGCGCUGGAGCUUCGAGGAGCUGCAUCUGCGGCAACCUGUGUGCUGACGCUACGUGCCUCCUGGCUCCGACCUAGCUCGCAGCUCCCCAGUCUCACUCCAUUCCUUCCCCACCUGGUGCGCACCUGCUCAAGGCCAGGGUCCUGCCAAGCGCUAGGAGGGCGCGUGCCAGGGGCACUAGGGAACUGCGGAGCGCGCGCCAUGGGGCCGCCGCCUAGGGCCGGGGUCUCCUGCCGCGGUGGCUGCGGCUCUUCCAGAUUGCUGGCGUGGUGCUUCCUGCUGGCCCUGAGUCCGCAGGCCCCCGGCUCCCGGGGGGCCGAAGCAGUGUGGACCGCGUACCUCAACGUGUCCUGGCGGGUUCCGCACACCGGAGUGAACCGUACGGUGUGGGAGCUGAGCGAGGAGGGCGUGUACGGCCAGGACUCGCCGCUGGAGCCUGUGUCUGGGGUCCUGGUACCGCCCGACGGGCCCGGGGCGCUUAACGCCUGUAACCCGCACACGAAUUUCACGGUGCCCACGGUUUGGGGAAGCACCGUGCAAGUCUCUUGGUUGGCCCUCAUCCAACGCGGCGGGGGCUGCACCUUCGCAGACAAGAUUCAUCUGGCUUAUGAGAGAGGGGCGUCUGGAGCCGUCAUCUUUAACUUCCCCGGGACCCGCAAUGAGGUCAUCCCCAUGUCUCACCCGGGUGCAGGAGACAUUGUUGCAAUCAUGAUCGGCAAUCUGAAAGGCACAAAAAUUCUACAAUCUAUUCAAAGAGGCAUACAAGUGACAAUGGUCAUAGAAGUGGGGAAAAAACACGGCCCUUGGGUGAAUCACUAUUCAAUUUUUUUCGUUUCUGUGUCCUUUUUUAUUAUUACGGCAGCAACUGUGGGCUAUUUUAUCUUUUAUUCUGCUCGAAGGCUACGGAAUGCAAGAGCUCAAAGCAGGAAGCAGAGGCAAUUAAAGGCAGAUGCUAAAAAAGCUAUUGGAAGGCUUCAACUACGCACACUGAAACAAGGAGACAAGGAAAUUGGCCCUGAUGGAGACAGUUGUGCUGUGUGCAUUGAAUUGUAUAAACCAAAUGAUUUGGUACGCAUCUUAACCUGCAACCAUAUUUUCCAUAAGACAUGUGUUGACCCAUGGCUCUUAGAACACAGGACUUGCCCCAUGUGCAAAUGUGACAUACUCAAAGCUUUGGGAAUUGAGGUGGAUGUUGAAGAUGGAUCAGUGUCCUUACAAGUCCCUGUAUCCAAUGAAACAUCCAAUAGUGCCUCCUCCCAUGAAGAGGAUAAUCGCAGCGAGACCGCAUCAUCUGGAUAUGCUUCAGUACAGGGAGCAGAUGAACCACCUCUGGAGGAACACGUGCAGUCAACAAAUGAAAAUCUACAGCUGGUAAACCAUGAAGCAAAUUCUGUGUCAGUGGAUGUUGUUCCUCAUGUUGACAACCCAACUUUUGAAGAAGAUGAAACUCCUGAUCAAGAGACUGCUGUUCGAGAAAUUAAAUCUUAAAGUCUGUGUCAAUAGAAAACUUGAACCGUUAGUAAUAACAGAACUGCCAAUCAGGGCCUAGUUUCUAUUAAUAAACUGGAUAAAUUUAAUAAAAUAAGAGUGAUACUGAAAGUGCAGAGAUGACUAAUAUUAUGCUAUAGUUAAAUGGCUUAAAAUAUUUAACCUGUUAACUUUUUUCCACAAACUCAUUAUAAUGUUUUUCAUAGGCAAGUUUCCUCUCAAUAGUGAUAGCAACAUUUUUAGACAUUCAAAACUGUCUUCAAGAAGUCAUGUUUUUCAUUUAUAAGAAUUUUCUUAUAAAAACAUGUUGCUUUUAAAAUGUGGAGUAGCUGUAAUCACUUUAUUUUAUGAUAGUAUCUUAAUGAAAAAUACUACUACUUUAGCUUGGGCUAUAUGUGUCAGGGUUUUUCUCCAGGUGCUUAUAUUGAUCUGGAAUUGUAAUGUAAAAAGCAGUGCAAACUUAGGCUAGUUCUUCUUGAAAUGUCUAUUUAAGCUACUUUAAGUUAACAGAACAAGAUUAAAGCAAAAUAUUCAUUUUAACUUUUUCUUGUUUUUAAAAUUAGGCUGAAUGUACUUCAUGUGAGUGUCAACCAUAGUUUAUCAGAGAUUAUGAACUGAAUUGAUUGGUAUAUUAGUGACAUCAACUUGACACAAGAUUAGACAAAAAGGUUCCUUAUAAAAAUACUGUGUAACUAUUUCUCAAACUUGUGGGAUUUUUCAAAAGCACAGUAUAUGAAUCAUCAUACUGUUUGAAAAUGGUAAUGACAGAGUAAGUAACACUAAUAUUGGUCUUUGUGCAUGAAUUAGUCUACAGAAAAAAAUGUUCUGUAAAAUUAGUCUGUUGAAAAUGUUUUCCAAACAAUGUUACUUUGCAAAUUGAGUUUAUGUUUGACCUAAAUGGGCUAAAAUUACAUUAGAUAAACUAAAAUUCUGUCCAUGUAACUAUAAAUUUUGUGAAUGCAUUUUCCUGGUGUUUGAAAAAGAAGCAGGGGAGAAUUCCAGGUGCCUUAAUACAAAGUUUGAAGCUUCAUCCACCAAAGUUAAAUAGAGCUAUUUAAAAAUGCACUUUAUUUGUACUCUGUGUGGCUUAUCUUUUGUUUUAGAAUUUUGUUCAAAUUCUAGCAGAAUUUAGGCAAAAAUAAAACAGACAUGUAUUUUUGUUUGCUGAAUGGAUGAAACCAUUGCAUUCUUGUACGCUGAUUUGAAAUGCUGUAAAUAUGUCCCGAUUUGUAUUGAUUCUCUUUAAAUAUAAAAUGUAAAUAAAAUAUUCCAAUAAACGUU